UGAAAAUAGAUAUGAGUGACAGGGAUAUUAAGAUAUCAACCAAGGCUAUUUUGGGAUUAUUUGGAGGUUUAAAGACUUCUGCUAUAUAUACCACCUUUGUUGCUCCUAUUGUCGCUCGCUAUGAAGUAUCAAAAUUUCCAGAGAAAAGAUUUAUUUGGGAAUAUUUGAGGAUAAGUUCAUCAUAUUCCUUUCUCUUUGUAUACUCAUUUGUAAUGAUGUUUACUACAAGGCAGAUUAUUGAGAAGUACAGUAGCGAUUAUGCACAUGAGAUAAGACAACUAACAGGCUUAAACUCAAAGAUCUGAUAUUCAGCCACAGUAUUUGCCUUUUGAAUCCCUUGGGGAUGGUCAGGAAACCUUCUCUUCACAGGUCGAUAUUUGAAAGGAGCCUUUACUUUGACUCUUUCUUUAUCAAUGCUGUUCUAUUCUAUUACUCAAUACCAAAAUAACGGAAAUUCAUCUGGCUAAAUCUCUCACUUGUAAAUAAUCUAAAA